UAAGAAAGUUCCAACUAAAAGGCCGUGAAAUUGGUCUCAUCAACGUGGUAAGCAAAUUUGGGAUCUUAUAGAUUGGCGUCAUUAAUACGAAGAAGCUAAAAAAAAAAAAAAAAGUUAAAAGAAAAAAAAAAAGAAAGAGAGCAGGAUAGAAUACAACACAAGAUCAAUACAAAAGGGGGUGAUUACUUGCCCACCCUACGACUGUAGCGCUGAGCACACGGCAUCGUCGAGUUACGCCAUGGCUCUCUGUUUCCCUUCUUCAAUUCCUUACUCGCUCCUCCUCUUCCUCCUCUUCCUCCUCUCCUGCUUCAAUCCCUCCCAUUCCCAACACUACCACGCAAUCUUCAGCUUCGGCGACUCGCUCUCCGACGCCGGAAACCUCAUCGCCGACGGCGUCCCCUCCGACCUCACCACCGCCCGCAGCCCCUACGGCAUGACCUUCUUCGGCCGCCCCACCGGCCGCUGCUCCGACGGCCGCUUGAUCGUCGACUUCCUCGCUGAGCAUUUCGGGCUCCCGUUGCCUCCGCCGUCGAAGGCCAGCGACCGCAGCUUCCGGAAGGGAGCGAACUUCGCCAUCACGGGCGCGACGGCGCUCGACUCCCCCUUCUUCAAAGCGCGCGGGCUCAAUAAUAAGACAUGGAACACCGGCUCACUGAGCACUCAGCUCCAGUGGUUCGAGUCGCUUAAGCCCUCCCUCUGUAGCUCACCCCAAGCGUGCGAGGAGUACCUCCGGAAGUCGCUCUUCGUGUUCGGCGAGUUCGGAGGGAACGACUACAACGCUCCCCUCUUCUCCGGCAAGACGAUGGCGGAGGUGAAGACGUACGUGCCCUUCGUCGUCGACGCCAUCACCAGAGGCAUCGAGAGAUUGAUCAGCGACGGCGCUGUGGACGUGGUGGUUCCGGGAGUGCUUCCCAUCGGGUGCUUCCCUCUGUAUCUGACGCUGUACGGGAGCAGUAAAAAAGCGGACUACAACUCUCGCAGUGGGUGCUUGAGAAGGUUCAACGCACUAGCGUUUCACCACAACAUGCUUCUCCGAGAAGCACUUGAGAAGCUGCAGACAAGCUACCCUGAGGCGAGGAUCAUGUACGGGGACUACUACACCCCCACCGUGCGCUUCGUGCUCAAUCCUGCCAGAUUCGGAUUUCACAACGGAGCACUUAAAGCUUGCUGUGGAGCAGGAGGGCAGAGCUCAUACAACUUCAACCUGGAUGCCAAGUGCGGUGAAAAAGGCGCCAAGGCGUGUACUAACCCGUCCUCCUAUGUGAGCUGGGACGGAAUUCACUUGACCGAGGCGGCUUAUCGCUCUAUAGCUAAUGGCUGGCUCAAAGGCCCCUACGCCGACCCACCGAUUCUUCGGUAGAGUUGCAAUAGAUCUGUACUUACGGUGCCACAUUCGAUUUUAUCGUCGAACGCAGAAAAGUUGUACAUAUUAUUUAUUGAAGUGUUGUACCCUUUGUGUGCCUGUGAGAAUGGUGGAGUUUACGUUGUCCGAUUCUUUUGUUCUCCUUGUGGAAUUGAUUCAUACCAUCAUAUGUACUUUAAACUUUUUACUGACAUUUUGGAUGUAUUCUUCGUAUUUUAGUGCAACACCUUUGCCCCCAUCACAAACCUUUGUACAUUCUUUAUGUCUUUUUAACUUUGUACCUACAUAAAUAAUAAUAUAUAUAACAAGCAAAGGAGGGGGUUUUUUUUUU